AUGGAUCCGCCGCUUACGACUCCGGAGGCCUAUUGUCAGCAGGUCGCCUGGCCAGGAGACCAGCCUUCCACUGACAGGGGGGAAGGGCCUUCUAGAGCCGCCACUGAGGAUCCUGCAGUUGAUGAGGACCUAAUGGCUAGCGCUGAUUGGGGCCCAUGGGCAGAUUUGGCAGGAGGUCGUGUGUUAGGAGCUGGUAGAGGUAGAGGCAUUAGUGAGGAUGCGCAUCAGGCUGAUGAUCCUCGGCGUCGUAGGCCUACUGCUUCAGCAUGUAGGCAACGGGUUCGUCUGUGUGAGGACGUCACAGAGAGACCUGAGGAUGUGCCUCAGUUGCAUGAGGAUGUUUCUCAUGUGUCUGAUGCCACCCCAGAGAUGAUAGGCGCCGCCGAUGCUGUUCAGACAGAGGAAGUGGCAACUGAUGGGAGCUUGGGGUCACCUACUGCAGAUGAGGGAUUCCUCGGUGGACCACGCGACCCAUCGAUUUUGACCGCUUUUGCUGAGCAUGUCGCACACAGCAUCUGGAGUGGACAGGUCUCCCAUGGUAGAAAAGUAGAUAAAAUUGGGAGACCAGCGCUUGAGAUCGAAGGCAUGAUUGCUGCCACCGGAUUGAGUCCACUGAUCAGGUGUUCUGUUAUCACCACUGAUCCUGGACUCAUAUCCGCCUUCGUCGAGAGGUGGCAUCGCGAGACUAGCACGUUCCACCUGCCAGUAGGCGAGUUGACGAUCACGCUGGAUGAUGUGGCGUCACUCCUACACGUUCCCAUCACUGGCGCGCUGCAUAAGUUCGAGCCGCUGGUUACUUCAGACGCGGUUGGUCUACUGAUGGAGCUUCUUGAGGUCAGUCAUGAGGAGGCUACAUUUGAGACCCGACAGGCUGGUGGGCCUCAUGUCCGGUUGGGGUGGCUUCAGGACUUGUAUGAGAGCCAGUGCAGGGCCAGACGAAGGGUUGUAGCAGCCCUCACGUAUCUGCUCCACUUGGUGGGUUGUACUCUUUUCGCCAACAAGAGUUUAACCCAUGUACAUGUUGUGCACCUGGAGGCUUUCAGGGACCUGGCCCAGGUAGGGGGAUUCGCCUGGGGAGCGGCUGCAUUAGUUCACAUGUACGAGCAUCUGAACGACGCGUCGCAGGCCUCUACACGACAGUUGGGCGGUUAUAUUACACUUCUCCAGUGUUGGAUAUACAAGCACUUUCCUACAGUGCAUAAAUGUGUCGUUCAUGAUGCUUAUGAUGAGGGGAGCCCACGGGCCUGCAGGUGGCUUACGGGUAAGGCUUAUAUGACGGGGAUCAAGGGAGCCCCAUAUCGGAGACGUCUGGAUGCCCUGACUGUGACUGACGUGUGCUGGAUGCCCUAUGCUGAGCACCGGGGAGUCAGGGGCUUUGACUUGAUAUCGUCGUACACCGGCCAGCUCAGAUGGGGUCAGAUUGUGGUGUACGUUCGACCUGAGCGGGUUCUUCGACAGUUUGACUACCUUCAGACGGUCCCUCCGCCGCCGGUUUGUGAUUCUUUGACGGGUGAUUAUAUAGAUGACCGGUGGCUGCAUUUUUCAGACCAUUUGGUGCCUUCAGGGAAGCUCUGUACCGAGGAGACUGCUGAGCCGAGACAUCCGCCUCCCCCUCAUGAUGAGGAGUUCGUCGAGCCACCCAUCCCCGAGGUUUCAGUCGCGUUCGAUCUCCCUACGCAUUCAGUGGUUGAUUACAAAGGAUGUCAGGGGAUGGUUGAGGAUUUAGGAGCGAUUGUUGAGGAUUUGGAGCGGGUCAUCAACCUCUGGAUGGUCACUGAAGGCACUGACUUAUAUGGCAUCAUGACUCGUUGUCUAAGGAGAGCUAGAGGUGACGCUGCAGAUGGAAGUCUUAGGCCGCGCCAGAGACGCCGCAUAGAUUAG